AUAGAAGCCGCAUCAAAUUGAAUCGAAACAAAUACUAGACAAGAAAACAAAGACUAUUAAAAUCUAUUUUUGAAUAUUAUUACAGUGCAAAAUCUAAAGCUAUAGAAAAUACAGAGUUUGAACAAAAUGUCCUUAGUGAAUUUAGCACAUCAUGGAAUUCUUGUGGCCGUUGUGACGAUCCUUAUGAGUUUUGUUGUCCUUCAGAGGGAAAUAGCAACGUUGCGUUAUAUUUUUGUCAUAAGAAAUAGUUAUGAUUUUGGCCUUCAAUAUAUACUUACCCAUGUGGGUCUAUUCGCUUUAGCCGUGUUAGCGACCCUGACUGCUGCCCUAAUGAUCUGGGGUAUUGUGAAGAAGUACCAUAAACUCUUUGUGCCCUGGCUGAUUUUGUAUGGUGUGGCAGCCUUAUUGUUUAGUUUUAAAAUUUGGUAUGAUAUUUGUACAAAAUAUGAAUCAUUCGAAGAUAUUCUAUUGGGAAUUAUUAUAAUGGGCAUUCAAAUUAUUGUGUUUCACCCCAUUUACAUACUUUUUGCUGAUAUCCGUUUUGAGAGCCAAAUAAUUCCCGAUGAAAUGGAGGCUAUGUAUAGACCACAUAAGUAUCAUAGUUAUGAUGAUUUUUUGCGUAAAACCUCACUCUAACCUUUUGGAGGAAGACGAAUAAUAUUCAAUAAGAGUUUAGUAAAUAAGAUAAUAGUCAAUAUUAUGUUACAAAUGAAUUAUAAAUAAUAUUUUAAAUACUUUUUUUAUAUACUAUUUAUAUAUUUUUAAAACGUAAAUAAAUAGAAGUUUGAAUAUA